CCUGCGCUGGGCGGCUGCGGAGCCAGUCGGGACGGAGACAAGAUGGCGCUGCGGACGAUGCGGGGGAUCGUGAACGGGGCCGCACCCGAGCUACCCGUGCCCACCAGUGGGCCUGUGGUGGGAUCUCGGGAGCAAGCGCUGGCAGUUAGCCGGAACUACCUUUCCCAGCCUCGCCUCACGUACAAGACAGUAUCAGGAGUCAAUGGUCCACUAGUGAUCUUAGAUCAUGUUAAGUUUCCCAGAUAUGCUGAGAUUGUCCACUUGACAUUACCAGAUGGCACCAAGAGAAGUGGGCAAGUUCUAGAAGUUAGUGGUUCCAAAGCAGUGGUUCAGGUAUUUGAAGGGACAUCGGGUAUAGAUGCCAAGAAAACAUCCUGUGAGUUUACUGGGGAUAUUCUCCGAACACCCGUGUCCGAGGAUAUGCUUGGUCGGGUCUUUAAUGGAUCAGGCAAACCCAUCGACAGAGGUCCUGUUGUACUGGCUGAAGACUUUCUUGACAUCAUGGGCCAGCCAAUCAAUCCUCAGUGUCGAAUCUAUCCAGAGGAGAUGAUUCAGACUGGCAUUUCGGCCAUAGAUGGCAUGAACAGUAUUGCUCGGGGGCAGAAAAUUCCUAUCUUCUCUGCUGCUGGCUUACCACACAAUGAGAUUGCAGCACAAAUCUGUCGCCAGGCUGGUUUGGUAAAGAAAUCCAAAGAUGUAGUAGACUACAGUGAGGAAAAUUUUGCAAUUGUAUUUGCUGCUAUGGGUGUAAACAUGGAAACUGCCCGGUUCUUCAAAUCUGACUUUGAAGAAAAUGGCUCAAUGGACAAUGUCUGCCUCUUUUUGAACUUGGCUAAUGACCCAACUAUUGAGCGAAUUAUCACUCCUCGCUUGGCUCUUACUACAGCCGAAUUUCUGGCCUAUCAGUGUGAGAAACAUGUACUGGUUAUCCUAACAGAUAUGAGUUCUUAUGCUGAAGCCCUUCGAGAGGUUUCAGCAGCCAGGGAGGAGGUGCCUGGUCGGCGAGGUUUCCCAGGUUACAUGUAUACAGAUUUAGCCACAAUAUAUGAACGCGCUGGUCGAGUAGAAGGUAGAAAUGGCUCAAUUACUCAAAUCCCUAUUCUCACUAUGCCUAAUGAUGAUAUCACUCACCCCAUCCCUGACUUGACUGGAUAUAUUACAGAGGGGCAGAUCUACGUGGACAGACAGCUGCACAAUAGACAGAUUUACCCGCCUAUUAAUGUGCUGCCCUCAUUAUCGCGGUUAAUGAAGUCUGCCAUUGGAGAAGGUAUGACCAGAAAGGAUCAUGCCGAUGUAUCUAACCAGCUGUAUGCAUGUUAUGCUAUCGGUAAGGAUGUACAAGCCAUGAAAGCCGUUGUUGGAGAAGAAGCGCUAACCUCAGAUGAUCUUCUUUACUUGGAAUUUCUGCAGAAGUUUGAGAGGAACUUCAUUGCUCAGGGUUCUUAUGAAAACCGCACUGUCUAUGAGACUUUGGACAUUGGCUGGCAACUGCUCCGAAUCUUCCCCAAAGAGAUGCUGAAGAGGAUCCCUCAGAGCACCCUGAGUGAAUUUUACCCUCGAGACUCUGCAAAGCAUUAGCUGCUACUGCAUCGCUGGCUUGAUACACUUGUGAAAUACUGGUUCUGUUUUCUUUAUUCCUUUUGCACUCCCCCAUCCCCCCAUCUUUGUGUUGGAGUUUACGCUGUUCCCCUGUAAUUAAAAACAAAGAAUAGGUAACAUA